AAGACUGCCAAGAAACUAAGCUGCAGCACCGUGGCCAAGGCCAUACAGCAGAUUCACUGAGAGCAGCAUGUGUGAUGAUCAGAGCAGAGAGCAGGAAGACGGCAGUGAGACGGUCUACCUGGACAUGGAUCACUUGUUGGUGCUGCUGCUGCUGUGGAGCUCAGGACUUCAGGCUGAAGGACAAAACACCUCAACAGAGCCUGUCAGGUUGGUGGGAGGAGCCAGUCGCUGUGCAGGAAAACUGGAGCUGAAAUAUCAGGGAGACUGGAGACCAUUGAGAUACUCUGACUCUGUCUGGACCCUGAAGGAAGCGGCUGUUGUCUGUAGAGAGCUGAAAUGUGGAUCUGCUGUUUCUAUAGGAGAGGGAAAGGAGUCCUCAGACAGACCUGUGUGGUCGAUCAGGUCUGACUGUGUUCAGUCUGGAUCUGCUCUGAGGGAUUGUGUGAUAUCAUUUUCCUCUUCCUCCAUCCUGGAUCUCACCUGCUCAGACUCUGUCAGGCUGGUGGGCGGGACUAGUCUGUGCUCAGGCAGACUGGAGGUGAAGUCUAACCAGUCUAACCAGUCUAAACAGAGGUGGUCCUCAGUGUGUGAAGCUGACUUUGACCAGCAGGAUGCAGAGGUGGUCUGUAGGGAGCUCGGCUGUGGGGCUCCUUCAGGCCUCCAGGGGGCGCUCUAUGGAGAAGUGGAGGCUCCGAUGUGGACCAAAGAGUUCCAGUGUGGAGGCCAUGAGUCUGCUCUCCUGGACUGUAGAAGCUCAGGCUCAGCUAGAAACACCUGCUCACCUGGAAAAGCUGUUGGACUCACCUGCUCAGAGCCUGAUGUCAGGUUGGUGGGAGGAGCCAGUUGCUGUGCAGGAACACUGGAGGUGAAACAUCAGGGAGAGUGGAGACCAGUGGGUUACUCAAGCUGGACCCUGAAGGCAGCAGCUGUUGUCUGUAGAAAGCUGGACUGUGGCUCUGCUGUUUCUGUAGAACACAGACAGGAGUCCUCAGUCAGACCUGUGUGGUGGAUCAGGUCUCAUUGUGUUCAGUCUGGAUCUGCUCUGAGGGAGUGUGUAACAUCAGGUUCCUCUUUCUCCAUCCUGGAUCUCACCUGCUCAGACUCUGUCAGGCUGCUGGACGGGACUAGUCUGUGCUCAGGCAGACUGGAGGUGAAGUCUAACCAGAGGUGGUCCUCAGUGUGUGAAGCUGACUUUGACCAGCAGGAUGCAGAGGUGGUCUGUAGGGAGCUCGGCUGUGGGGCUCCUACAGUCCUCCAGGGGGUGCUCUAUGGAGAAGUGGAGGCUCCGAUGUGGACCAAAGAGUUCCAGUGUGGAGGCCAUGAGUCUGCUCUCCUGGACUGUAGAAGCUCAGGCUCAGCUAGAAACACCUGCUCACCUGGAAAAGCUGUUGGACUCACCUGCUCAGAGCCUGUCAGGUUGGUGGGAGGAGCCAGUCGCUGUGCAGGAACACUGGAGCUGAAACAUCAGGGAGACUGGAGACCAGUGGGUUACUCUGGCUGGACCCUGAAGACAGCAGCUGUUGCCUGUAGAGAGCUGGACUGUGGCUCUGCUGUUUCUGUAGGACAGAAAGAGGAGUCCUCAGACAGGCCUGUGUGGAGGAUCAGGUCUGACUGCGUUCUGUCUGGAUCUGCUCUGAGGGAGUGUGUAGAAUCAGGUUCCUCUUCCUCCAUCCUGAAUUUCACCUGCUCAGACUCUGUCAGGCUGCUGGACGGGACUAGUCUGUGCUCAGGCAGACUGGAGGUGAAGUCUAACCAGUCUAACCAGUCUAACCAGCGGUGGUCCUCAGUGUGUGAAGCUGACUUUGACCAGCAGGAUGCAGAGGUGGUCUGUAGGGAGCUCGGCUGUGGGGCUCCUACAGUCCUCCAGGGGGUGCUCUAUGGAGAAGUGGAGGCUCCGAUGUGGACCAAAGAGUUCCAGUGUGGAGGCCAUGAGUCUGCUCUCCUGGACUGUAGAAGCUCAGGCUCAGCUAGAAACACCUGCUCACCUGGAAAAGCUGUUGGACUCACCAGGCUGCUGGACGGGACUAGUCUGUGCUCAGGCAGACUGGAGGUGAAGUCUAACCAGUCUAACCAGUCUAACCAGCGGUGGUCCUCAGUGUGUGAAGCUGACUUUGACCAGCAGGAUGCAGAGGUGGUCUGUAGGGAGCUCGGCUGUGGGGCUCCUACAGUCCUCCAGGGGGUGCUCUAUGGAGAAGUGGAGGCUCCGAUGUGGACCAAAGAGUUCCAGUGUGGAGGCCAUGAGUCUGCUCUCCUGGACUGUAGAAGCUCAGGCUCAGCUAGAAACACCUGCUCACCUGGAAAAGCUGUUGGACUCACCUGCUCAGAGCCUGAUGAUGUCAGGUUGGUGGGAGGAGCCAGUCGCUGUGCAGGAACACUGGAGGUGAAACAUCAGGGAGACUGGAGACCAGUGAGUGACUCUAUUUGGACCCUGAAGACAGCAGAUGUUGUCUGUAGAGAGCUGGACUGUGGCUCUGCUGUUUCUGUAGGAGAGAGAAAAGAGUCCUCACACAGACCUGUGUGGCGGAUCAGGUCUGACUGUGUUCAGUCUGGAUCUGCUCUGAGGGAGUGUGUAGAAUCAUCUUCCUCUUCCUCCAUCCUGAAUCUCACCUGCUCAGACCUGCUGCUUCAGCCCAACAUCUCCGUGUCCUCCUCCAUGGACAGGGUCUCCGAGGCCCAGCAGCAGGGCUUUCAGGUGUCCAGGGGCUCCACCUUCACCAUCAGCUGCUCCAUCCAGCCACAGUACCCAGGAGGCUCCUUCCAGCUCGCCUUCACCUCCUCCAUCACAUCACACAACUACAACCAGCCAGCUGUCAAUCACUCAACCCACUUCCUGUUUCCUGCUGCAGAGCCUGCCCACCAAGGAAGCUACAGCUGUGUUUAUCACGUCUCUGUAUUUUCUCAUGACCUCUCCUCUGAGAGCCGUCGGGUGUCUCUCACUGUCUCAGACUCUGUCAGGCUGCUGGACGUUUCCAUUGGACUGAACUGUAAAGUCCUCCAGGACAAUGACGUCCUAAAGUGUAGAGAGGUGGGCUUGUUUCUGGAAGCUUUAGCCUGCAAGAAAUGA